AUAUGGAACAUACAGCGUAAGCGACAGACGUAUUACAUAUACGUAGGUAAAUAGUGACUCGAAAACCAUAUCGUUAUUCUUAUGUAAAUGGUGUCACAUUGUCUUAUUAAUAUUCGAACAAUAUUUUUGUGGGCCGGACGGUAAAUUAGUCAAAGUUGGUGUCGUUACGAAUGAUAUAUAGUGGAGGAUUGGCUUCGUAAAAUAUAUUGUUGUGAUAACAGUGAACGUGGAGACAUUUCUUCGUUAAUAUUGUUAUUUGUAUCAGCCUUGGAUUUGAUUGCUUGAUCAACAUGAAUAUUGUGGGGUAUAUACUGGCGUUAACCAAUUUACAGGCAUUUGGAGGUCAUAAACCUGAUCUGAAAGAUCUAUCCUUAUCAGUAGGAAACUUCACUUCAUUGGCGCAAGAACUGCAGAACUAUCCAGAAUUUGACAAGAAUGGCUUCCAGAAGAAUCGUGUGUACCGUGUUGGGAACGUGGGACUGUAUUUAUCGAACAACUUCAGAGAAUAUUACCUCCAUGGGAUAGGGAAUCCGGAUGAUGAAGGAACAAUCAUCACGUUUAUAUAUAAGAAUGGAGAUAAUGAUGACGAUGGACCCAAUCUUUCGAACUACACCCUUUUAAUUCGUAAAGAGGACAUGCCAGAAGAUUUAGUGCAGCCCUUACUUCAAGAUCAUAUACAACGUAUGAAUGAUCUCCACGCCGGCGCCGUUAAUGUAUAAAGUUAACUUUGAAUUUGUAUGAACUGUGUAACACGAGAUUAUUAAGUAAAUGAUUGUUAUAGAAAUA